CUGAAGACAUUAUUCAUGCCUAAUCUAAGUAUCAUUGAGGUCAUGCGAAAAUACAAGUGUCGUCUUGCUCAAGAUUCAUUCAAUUUCCCAGUCGAUGAUCCCUUUCUCUCCUUGAAGAAAAGAGUUUUCCGUUGCUCCGAGGAAACGACAGAUGGGAGUAUAUUAAAUCGCACAAGAGCAUUUCAGCCGAGUCACGAGCUUCAACUGCGCUUUUAUGGAUACUACAAGCAGGCAACGGAAGGACCUUGCCAACAACCAAAGCCAGCAUUUUGGGAAGUUAUGAAAAAGGCCAAAUGGGACGCAUGGACUCGACUUGGGAAUAUGUCUCGAAUCGAAGCCAUGAACAACUAUGUCGAGGAAUUGAAAAAGAUAGUCGAAACAAUGUCCUAUACGGAUAAUGUGGCGGAUUUUCUGGGCUGCUUGGAUUCGUUUUAUGAAAGUGUACCUGCAGAAGAUCUCGAACUCCUUGUUGGACCCGUCUUGGAGAGGAUGCGUUCUCAACCUGGAUCUCCGCUCCAUACAUCUCCCUUAGGAUCCAGAGAGACUUCGCCCCACAGAAUGUGCAAUUCAUCUAGGCGCAUAACAAGCAGCCUGGAAACGAGUCCAGCGAGUAGCCACAGUGCGAGCCCUUUACCACCUGACACCGACGGAGAAGAAGAAGAGUUCAUCGAUACCGUUGAAUCUGCCCCGGAACGAUCAAAUAAGGAUAUGACGAAGUCUUCCACUACCCAUAAACAACAUUCCACAAACUCUGUCACUUCCCAUGAGAAAUCCAAUGGUCAAGCCCCUGUGGUGAAAGAAAAUUCUUCCAAGUUGACUAAUGGGUAUGCAGAAGAAAAUCUUCCAACCACAUCCACUGCCGACACGAAACAAGACAGAGGACGGUCACGUGGAAAAAAAGAGGAGAAAAGGAGCGAAGAGUUCCUUAAUCAAAUUGCAACAACUAUGCAGAACCUUCAAAAAGAUGUUGACAGGAUAACAGCCAGGGUGCGGAGUCUAGAAGGUCAGGCUCUCCUGGCUCUUGCACCAGAAUCGGACCAGACAGUAGCACGAAACAAAUAUCCAAAGUGGUGGCCACUGCCAGAAUGUUCACCACGUGUGUUUGCCAUUCUGAUCCUGUGGCCGUUUGUUGCGCAGGCGAUUGUAUCAUACGCUCAGCGAUAUCGCCUACGAAGGCUGUGAUCUUCAUAUUAAUUAUACGCCUACGAAAUGCAUAUUCCAUAUUAGCCGUAAGUAAUCUGGGAUUUAAUAUGUACAUCGAUUUCCACGAGAGUGAAGCAUUCUUUUCGCGUCUUGCAUACCCAAAAAACUUGAGUUAACAUGUAGGAUUUGUACUAUAUCGUUCAUUAUCAUUAGAAUGUAGCUACGGAAUAUUCCUGGACCUUUCGAUUCUCAUUGGGCCAGGCUGCGUCACUUUGGACUGUACUAGCUCGAAGAGCCUGUGGAGAGACUGUUGUCAAUUGUUGCGAAACUGGUAAUCGAUCUCCCGAUGAGCCAGUUGGAUGAUUUGUAUAAAGUUGAAUUUCCUAGAAUGCCUUCGAUUCCAACACGACGGAAGACACUCGACUAACCUCUAAACGUCACUGAGCACAAGAGUUAUCGUUGUGGAGAUACGUCGACAUUGGUUUUUAAGGUUAACGUUAUGUAACAUCAAAUGUUAUAUUCGAAUGAAUUAUUGUAAUAUACACAUCCAUAUAUAUAUAUACAUAUAUAUUUGUGGGAUAAACGACAUUUUUGUAUGGUAAUCGUGUAAUACAAGGCUUUAGGAUAGAA